UUUUUAAAAAGAAGAACAUAAAAAAUAGCGGAUACAACAGAGUUUCUUUCUUUCUACAAUUAUUUAUUUUCCUGUUCCAAAACCCUAAAUUUCAAUUCAACCUGUGCUGUGUUGUAAAACUAGAAUGGGUUCAAUGUCAAAGCUGAGUAAUUUUGCAGUGAAACGCAAUUCCCUGUCACAAGCCUUACGGCGUUUCAGCUCAACACCCAGGUUCAAUGUCAGUGAUGAUGAUGAUGAUGAACAGCCACCUCAACCCAUUCCAAACAGACCUUUACGAGGCCAACCACCCAAAUCUCACUCUCAAUCCGAUCAUGAUUUUCUCCACAAAUUCAAACUCCGCCCCCACACUCACACUACCACUGCCAACCCUCCGCCUCCUCCUCCUCCUCCUGUUGCUGAUAAUGAUUCCAAUUCCCCACCUCCAGAAGCCAAUGAUAUCUUCAAGAAGAUGAAAGAAACGGGCCUCAUCCCUAAUGCCGUCGCCAUGCUCGACGGCCUCUGCAAAGAUGGCCUUGUCCAAGAAGCCAUGAAACUGUUUGCUUUAAUGCGUGACAGAGCUACCAUUCCUGAGGUGGUUGUUUACACUGCUGUUAUUGAUGGCUUUUUCAAAGCACAUCAACCCCAUGACGCCAAACGCAUUUUCGCCAAAAUGAUGGAUAAUUCUAUCGUUCCUAAUGCUUUUACUUAUACCGUGUUGAUUCAAGGUUUGUGCAAAUGUAAUUUGGUUGAUGACGCCGUUCAUUUCUGUCUGCGAAUGUUGGAUGCUGCUCAUUCCCCAAAUGUUGCUACUUUUGUUGGUUUGGUUGACGCCUUAUGUAGAGCAAAUGGCGUCCAAGCAGCGCAGGGCGUUGUCCAUGAUUUGAGGAAAAAAGGGUUCUAUGUUAAUGAUAAAGCUGUGAGAGAAUUCUUGGAUAAGAAUGCUCCUUUAUCGUCGGAUCUUGCUCAAGCCAUAUUUGGCAACAAACCUUCACCUACACCUUUUUGAAUCUUAGUUGCACAUUGUAAGUCUGCUUCACAUUCAUGCCUCUUGUACUUUGAUCUUUAUCAAUGGAAUUGUCUUGCUCGUUUUGUUCUUC